AUGGCGUCGUCUAAUACCAAUAAUAAAUCUAAUAGUAAUCAUACUAUUAGAAACCCAUUCAAUUCUAUCCUUAAGGCUCAUGAACUCAAUCAAUUUGAGAUCUCAGAGCUUGAAGGAACUCACCAAGUCGUCAUCAUUGGCGCGGGAAUGGCUGGUCUUAGUGCUGCUCUAAAGUUGGCUAAACUUAAUUACAAAGUCAUCAUUGUUGAGGCUAGAGAUAGAGUUGGAGGUCGAAUCGAGACUCGUGAAUUCCAAACUUCUACCAAAUCAAAUGAUAGUGUCAAAGAAGAUCCUAGCCGAAUCGAUCUGGGUGCAAGUUUUCUUCAUGGGAUCGAAGGAAAUCCUUUGAUCGAUCUUAUGAAGGAGUAUAAACAACCCGUGCAUUUCGAGAAUGAGGAGAGCCCAAUGAAGAUAUACUCCUUCGAUGGUCCAGCUCUUCCUGAUAAGUCAACCAAGAAACUUAUAGAUCAUGCGUAUCUUACCUUUUUUGAGUCGGCUCGUAACGAUGCCCAAGCUUCUGAGACUCCAGAUUCGGCUGCUUCAUUAGGUUCCUACUUAUAUGAUCCUCAAUCACCAUUAUUCAAUGUGGCUAGUGGACCAGAGGAUCGUUCAGUUUUAGCACAUUUGGUUGGUGGAUUAGAGAGUUGGACAGGAGCAGCUCUUGAGCAAGUCUCACUUCGUUGGUGGGGAUUUGAACGUGAAUUUAAUGGUAAAGAUGGUGUAGUCACUCAUGGAUACGGUGUACUUGUUAAUUUAAUGGCACAGGAGUUUAUUCGAUUAGGUGGAAAGAUCAUCUUGGGUUACGAAUGUCUUGGAUUAGAAUACGACCUUGAUGCUGGAUUGGUGAAGACUUUAAUCCGUCCAACUUUAUCUGAAUCUUUAGAAGAUAACGCUCAUGCAGAACGGAUACCAAGGCCGGCUGAGGAGGCCGGUUCUAAAUCAAUUCAAGAGGGUGCCGUGAUCAGACUCUCAUCUGAUUAUACUGUCUGCACCCUUCCCUUAGGCGUACUUAAAUCUAUCUUGGUUAAAGAUCAUCUGUUCUUCAACCCUCCUCUGCCUGCUCGUCGAUGUCAAGCUAUUGAACGAAUCGGAUUCGGAUUGCUUAACAAAGUUAUCCUACGAUACGAUCAUGCCUGGUGGCCAAUCGAUGCACCAUGCUCUGGAUCUACUUCAUCGGAUUCUAGUUCAGGAGCUUCGACUCCUUCAAGCGUUUCGCCUUUCCAUGGUCAUCUUCCUAACCAUGCUUCCUUACUUGAAUCUACUAUCUUUGCUACUUCAGUGAAGGUACAGAACUAUGUUCCGAUCACUGGUGAAGCUGCAUUAGUAUUUUUCUUUGGUGCAUCUGCUGGAGAAGCGAUUGAAGAGCUUUCAGAUCAAUCAGUAUCCGAAAUGAUGCACGCUAAAUUGGUGGCUCACUUGGAUGACGCUGAAGAAGAUGAUCGUCAUCUUGAGAUUCCUGAAGGACCAUCUGAAUGUAUUGUGACUCGUUGGAGAAAGGAUCGAUUCUCACUUGGAUCUUAUGCUUUUAUUCCUCCGUUUUCGAAGCAAGCUUCCAACUUGGAUGAACCGGCUACUCCACUUGAUAUUAUGGAGAUGAAUAGACCUUUGUGGAAUGGUAGACUUGGUUGGGCAGGUGAACAUUGUCAAGUUGAUCAUUAUGCUUGUGUUCAUGGACCUCAUCUGAGUGGCUUAGAAGAAGCCGAAAGAAUUCAUGUGGCUAUCCAAGCCAAUACUACCGGUUCUCCUUCCUCCUCUGUCUGA